AUGCUUGAAAAGGCUACUGACAGAUCUUAUGGCAUGUGCGUUGGUAAAUCAUGUUUAUUAUUGCAAUUUACUGAUAAAAGAUUUCAACCAGUACAUGAUCUGACAAUUGGUGUGGAAUUUGGUGCACGAAUGAUUACAAUUGAUGGUAAACAAAUAAAAUUACAGAUAUGGGAUACAGUAAAUAUAAUUGAAAUGAGUUUUAAUCUUUGCAUAUCAUAUUAUCGUGGAGCAGCAGGAGCUCUGCUUGUCUAUGAUAUUACGCAACGUCAUACAUUUAAUCAUCUAACAAGUUGGCUAGAAGAUGCACGCCAACAUUCUAAUUCAAAUAUGGUUAUCAUGUUAAUUGGAAAUAAAUGCGAUUUAUUUGCACGCCGUGAAGUACAAAAAGAGGAAGGUGAAGCGUUUGCACGGGAACAUGGUCUUAUUUUUAUGGAAACAUCUGCUAAAACAGCUGCUAAUGUUGAAGAGGCAUUUAUAAACACUGCACGAGAAAUAUACGGCAAAAUCCAAGAAGGAGUAUUCGAUCCAACAAACGAGGUUAACGGUAUUAAAAUUGGUCCUCAACAUGCAAAUCCGCGUACUGGAGAGCGUCCUAGUUCAUCAGCUGAAAAAGGCGGUUGUUGCUAA